CCGGGGCCUGCUGAGCACCUGUCAGGGCCAGCUCCCCGUGCAGGUGCCAGGCAGGUGGCUCCGGCCCGGCCCAGCCCCAGCAUGAGCUCCUUCGACCUCCCGGUGCCCUCCCCGCCCCGCUGCAGCCCCCAGUUCCCGAGCAUCGGCCAGGAGCCCCCGGAGAUGAACUUCUACUAUGAGAACUUCUUCCACCCACAGGGCGUGCCCAGCCCUCAGCGGCCCCCCUCCUUCGAGGGGAGCGAGUACGGGGCCACCCCCAACCCUUACCUCUGGCUCAACGGGCCGGCCGUGACCCCACCGCCCUACCUGCCGGGCGCCGGCCCCAGCCCCUUCCUGCCCCAGACCUACGGCGUGCAGAGGCAGCUGCUGCCCGGCGUGUCCGGCCUGGGGGGCGGCGACCUGGGCUGGCUGCCCAUCCCCUCGCAGGAGGAGCUGAUGAAGCUCGUGCGGCCCCCCUACUCCUACUCGGCUCUCAUCGCCAUGGCCAUCCACGGGGCGCCCGACAAGCGCCUCACCCUCAGCCAGAUCUACCAGUACGUGGCCGACAACUUCCCCUUCUACAACAAGAGCAAGGCCGGCUGGCAGAACUCCAUCCGCCACAACCUGUCUCUCAACGACUGCUUCAAGAAGGUGCCCCGCGACGAGGACGACCCGGGCAAAGGGAAUUACUGGACCCUGGACCCCAACUGUGAGAAGAUGUUCGACAAUGGAAAUUUCCGCAGGAAGAGGAAGAGAAAAUCAGAUGUUUCCUCCAGCACGGGCUCCCUGGCCUCGGAGAAAACGGAGAGCAGCCUCCUGGCGGGCAGCCCCAAGACCGCAGAGGCCCAGGACAUCCUGGACGGUGCUUCGCCGAGCACCAACAGCUCCCCGGAGAAGCAGUGCUCCCCACCCUCGCCAGGCACCCCCUGCCUCAACAACUUCCUCUCCACCAUGUCCGCCUACGUGAGCGGGUCCAGCCCCAUGAGCCGCCCUGUGGCCACGCCAGGACCGAGCCCGGAGCCCGCCGACAAGACGGGGCAGAACCUGCUGAACUUCAACUCCUACACCCCGCUCAGCAACAUCAGCGGCCACGCAGGAGGGGGCGAAUGGGCCAAUGCCAUGCCCACCAACGCCCUCGGCUACGGAAGCUCAGUCCUCAACCAGUUCAGCCCUCACUUCUACAACAGCAUCAGCACGAACAGUGUCCUCUACCCCAGGGAGGGCACUGAGGUCUAGAAAUGGACCAGCUCCCAAGCCAGGUGGACACGCCCAGGGUCCCCCAUGCCAGCAUCCAUGGGGUCCGAGACCUCCAAACUGCCCAGACAGACACAGGAGGCUCAGAGGAAUUCACCCUUUUUCUAGACCAUGGUGUAAACCCUGUGUUUAUCAAAUAUCCAUCCACACGCCCCAACCAACUCUGCUGUGGAAGUACUGGUGCCUGCAAGACAGUAAUCAUAUUGACCAAUUACUGAGCACUUACUAUGGGCUGGGCGCUGUGCUAAGCUCUUUGAAGGUGUGAUCACAUUUACUACUUACAGCCCACUUGUGAGGGUCAUAUGAACCCCCCACUUAAAAGGUGAGAAAACUGAGGCUUGAGGAAGUUAAGCAGCUUUCCCAGGGUUAUACAAACUAGGAAGUGGCAGAGGUGGGAGUCAAGUCCAGGUCUCUGUGACUCCCAAAGUUUGGGCCAGUGGAGGCAGGGGUGGAAGACUUGGUUGAGCAGCCAAGGAAAGUCAGUGAGAAAAGCGGAUCAUGGCAAACAUGUCCAUAUCUCCCCACUGCCUGCCAGCCAUCCAUCUCAACUUAGUACCAGCCCUUGGCAUGUCUCUUCUUGAUCCAAGUCCUUAUUCUGUGGCCCCCAACUUCCCUGAUGUCACCCCUUUUACUACUACUCAAGGAGGGACGCGCAGAUCCGUGCCCCUGCGGGACAGGGUCCAGCCUCUCCCCACAGAGGUGUGUCGCUUCCCCAGCCCUGCAGACCAUGAGCAGGAGCGGUGUCCACCCCAAACCACCCCUAUCAAGGCACUGCCCACUGGCAAAAUCUUGUAAAGCCCAGCUUCCUGUGUGCAAGUCAUGGACCAGUGAGCUGGAGGUGGCUGAGUCUUCCAAGAGAAACAAGGUUGAGUGUUUCCUUUUUCCUAGCCCGGGAGGGGCUGCAGACCUCUGUCCUGGGGUCGAUGUGUGCAGCUCCUGGGAUCCAGCUCUUGUUUUUGUAUGUACUUUACAUGCCUGUGAUGUUUCAUCACAGCACAUGCGGGCAAGUGUUUUUUGUUUUCUUAUGUUCUUUUUAAUUAAAAAAAAA